AUGGCGAACCGUCGACGUAGAGUACCCGACGUCAAUGUGGCUCCCACGGAGUGUGACCUUCGUGAGGUCGAGAUGGAUGAGCUGAGGAGGCAAGUGCAACAACUCCAACAGCAACUUGAGCGUCUCCAAGCUAGAAACCGUGACGAGACACGUCAUGGUUCGGAUGUUGGCGAGGUUGGGGAGGUGAACCCUUUCCAUGACGAAGAUUCUGAUUCGUCCACCGAAAGGGCUUCUUCUCGACUUGGUCGGAGGAAUCGUUUUGAGGAUUAUGGCGUCAAAGUCGACAUUCCCCACUUUGAAGUUUGGUGGGAGAACUUGAAGAGGCGUCGAGAACGUGAAGGAAAACGGAGGAUUGUGACGUGGGAAAAGAUGAAACGGGAGCUCAAGAAGAAAUUUGUUCCUGCAAGCUACAAGCAAGAUAUUUUCUCUCGGCUCUACAACUUCAAGCAAGAGGAGUUGAACGUAGAGGAAUACACCGCGGAGUUUGAGCAUCUCAUGAUGAAGUGCGAUCUCGUGAAGCCCGAGGAACAAACCAUUGCUCGAUACCUUGGCGGUCUUCGAUCCGAGAUUCGUAACGUGGUCCAAUUGCAACCUUAUUGGACUUUCGAGGAUGUUUGCAAGCUGGCCGUUCGUGUGGAGAAGCAAUCUAAGGAGAAGAGUACUUAUAAGACCUUGGGAAGAGACGGGGUCUCUAACCGGGGGAGUGCUCCGACUCCGAAGUCAUCAUCGACUGUGGAGGAAGCUAAUGAUGAGCCGGUGUAUGAAACUUACGACGACGAGGAGAACGAGGUUGAGCAAGAAGAGGUCACUUGUAGUGAUCAAGGGAAGGCUCUCGUCGUUCAACGCAUCUUGAAGUCCGCACAUGUUGAGGACGAUAAGUGGUUGCGGCAUAACAUCUUCCAUACCCGAUGCACUUCCCAUGGCAAAGUGUGCAUGGUCAUUAUCGAUAGUGGGAGUUGUGAGAAUGUCAUUUCCACUACCAUGGUGGAAAAGUUGCACCUCAAGUUGGAGCCUCAUCCGGAUCCGUACAAGCUCUCUUGGCUCAAGAAAGAACACCUACUCCUUGUCAAGGAAGAUGUCAAGAUUAUUCUAACACCUUGUAGAAUGGAGGACAAGUCUAAGGCCGUCACGGGAGAAUGGAGCUCUAAUCUCUCCAAAUCCCAAUUUCUCCAAGUCAUGUAUCGUUUUUCGAAGGCUUAUGCACUUGUGCUCUUGGAGGAGAAUGAAGAACGAGGAAAUAUUACACCCGUAGUGAAGUCUUUGCUCGAAGAAUUUCGGGAUGUGGUGCCCAAUGAGAUUCCGUCGGGACUUCCUCCUAUGCGGGAUAUCCAACAUCAUAUUGAUUUGGUGCCCGGGGCUGCUAUCCCAAGUAAGGCGGCAUAUCGAAUAAGUCCAAAGGAACAUGAGGAGCUUCAACGCCAAGUCGACGAACUUUUGCAUAAGGAGUUGAUUCGGGAAAGUUUGAGCCCUUGUGCGGUUCCCGCUCUUCUCGUCCUAAAGAAGGAUGGAUAUUGGAGGAUGUGCAUUGAUAGUCGGGCUAUGAAUAAGAUCACCAUCAAUUAUCACUUUCCAAUACCGCGACUUGAUGAUUUGAUUGAUCAACUUCAUGGAGCUUCGGUCUUUUCCAAAAUCGACCUUAGGAGCGGAUAUCAUCAAAUUCGAAUGCGUCCCGGAGACUAG